AUGGCCUCAUCGACGACCGCCGCCGUGCUGUCCCCGCCGUCCGUGGCCGGGCUCCGCCUGGCGCCGUCUCCCCGCCGGGCGCGCGUGGCGUUCCGCGCGGCGCCGGCGAGGCGGUCCGUGGCGGCGCGCGCGGAGCUGAGCGCGUCGCUGGUGAUCAGCCUGAGCACGGGCGUGUCGCUCUUCCUGGGCCGCUUCGUCUUCUUCAACUUCCAGCGGGAGAACGUGGCGAAGCAGGUGCCGGCGCAGAACGGCAAGACGCACUUCGACGCCGGCGACGAGCGCGCCAAGGAGUUCUCGGCCCUGCUCAAGUCCAACGACCCCGUGGGCUUCAACCUCGUCGACGUCCUCGCCUGGGGCUCGCUCGGCCACAUCGUCGCCUACUACAUCCUCGCCACCUCCAGCAACGGAUACGACCCCAACUUCUUCUGA